AAAAAAAAAAAAAAAAAACACUGGAGACAACUUAACAUUUAUUAUGAAUUUAUUCAAUCCGACAGCUUUGUCUGCGGUAAUAACUCGAAGCUGCGCGAAAACGCGGUGGUGUGCGGUAACUUUAUCGUCGCGCUUUGUGCUGUCUAAGUUAUUUCGUCUUUGUAAGCUCCCCUUAAGCGUCACGUUAAUUAGAACCGCUCAGUUCCCAACCGUUCUUGUCACUAAAUACGUGUUCAGAUAUAAACACAGAGGCUCAGCCGCUCACUCGUCCUCUAACUUUAUUUCUCUGGGUUCUCUGUGCGUUGCAGGGCCAGUUUGUAUCGCUUUGUUGUGGUUAAGUUUAACUAAACAAUGGACCAACGACCCCCCUGGCUGUGUUUGUGCACGGUCGUGUUAAGUUUCGGUGCAUUUCUUGUUUUAGUUUUUUUUAACAUGCCGCGAAAAAUAAGAGUUUUUUUUAAUUUGGCGUUUUUUUUAAGUGGUUCUGAGUCUUGUAGGUGAGGUAAUUGCAGCUUUCUGCAUGUUGUGGCUGAUAAAUAUCCGUGUUUGUUGUGGCUGACAGUCAUGUCCGCACAGUGGCAUUUUUAACCAGGGCCAAGCAACAGGUGGACUUAAAAAAAAACAACACCAGAAACCAGAAGAAAAAUGGAUAUUUGCACAGCCAACUCCACAGGCCAUACAAAACGACGCAUCAGCAAGAAGAAUAGAAACUGGCGCAGACGGCUCCACCUCAGGAAAACUGUUGUUCAGCCCCCAGCUAUGCAAAACGAAGAUAAGAAUGGACCAAAGAAGAUAGCAAAGAAGUGGGAGCAGAACAGCGUGUGGCCCCCAUCAAAGGAGCCUCCCCAGGAAGCCCGCGUGACAAAUGAUGGCGGAAGUAUGCUCAGGUUCCCCUGCUCUCAAUGCGAGGAAAUCUCGGAAUAUUCCCCCAAAGACCUUGUCAAACACUUUGUGGAAAAACACAGAGGGAGUCAACCAGUUUUUUCCUGUCAUAUGUGCACUUUUAGUGCCCAUGAAUUCUCCUACCUUCAGGUUCAUCUUCUAAGCCACAAGGACACUUUUUCUAGCUGCAGCAUGUGCAAAGACAACGUUCAGCGCACAUGGCCUGAGUUUAGUGCACACCUGACAAUGUAUCACUGCUCGGACGGCAAAUAUUCAUGUGAAACCUGCAAAAAAUUCUCCACAUGUGACUUUCGGAUGUUUCUAGAGCACAUAUACAGCCAUAAUUUAAACAUUGAAGAAGUUGAUGGUGAUAGUUCGCUGCACACAAAGGACAAAAAUAAUCUUCCAACCACUCAGACUCCAUGUUGUCAAUUCUGCGGCUUUGAGGCUUCUGAGAAAUGGUUGAUUAAUAAGCACGUUAAAGCUACCCAUCCUUGCCAGAAUGGUAAUCAGAGGAAAGACAGGAGGCAAGUUCAUUCCAUAGCAAUGAAAGCAAAUAAUCCCAUCCCCAGCGUAAAGACGAGGUUAACAAGAAGUACAGUUAGGGACACGUGCUGGUUGACACAGGACUGCCUUUCUCUUCCAGGGAAAGAGUUUCUGGAUACAUACUGCCAUCUGUCUGAUCCACAAACAACACUAGAGCAGACCCAGCAGUUCUUAAUGCAAUCUGUUGCCGUGGAAACCGACGACCAGAAGUGGACCAAGGCUCUCAAAUCCGUUCUGUCGAACGUUCCUCAGAAAAACGUAGAAAAUGGCAUCACGCCAAACACAUCAGAUCUCGCCGUCCUCACAGUCAAGAACAAGAUAACAGUGGCUCAGAAUGGUGCUGCUUAUGCUAAAAGGUUGAAAAUGACCUCCACAGAUAAGGAAGCUUCCUGUCCUGAAAGUACUGAUGGCGACUCUCUAUGUGCAAGUGACCAGAACGGAUUUAAUUUAAAUUUUAAAAACCAGGCGCCGUGUUUGCCGUCGCAGGCUGAAAACAAACCCUGUAAUGGCCUCUCAUCAUCUGGCAUUGGCACGCUGGAAAACCGAGGGAACCACAAAUUAAAGACCGAUUUAGAAAUCCAGGAAAACAGUCAAAAACGAGAAGAGCCCAAUGAUGGUUACAGGAUCUGCAAGUCAAGUGAUUUAAAGUUGACGAACGAAAGUGAAGGGAAGACAUCUGCUGGUAGAGUCUUAACGAAAGGCAAGAUACAAAAACGACGCCGGAGAAGAAAGGCAAGAUUUAAAAAAGUGCAGAAAAGUUCUGAAGGGGAGGCCUUAAAGAUAGUUAUAAAGAAGAAAGCAGUGAAGGGGAAGCAGUGGAUUUCACAAAGCUCUUUGUCUCCAAGAGAAGAGGUUAAGCUAGAUGGUCAUCUGGAGCUCCCAAAUCAUCACCUGGUGGAAAAUGUUCAAAAGGUCCAACCAGUGCACGAAGUUGACCAAAACUGCAUCAAAGGUUCCCCGGCAGACUCUCUGGACCAGUCUAAACAAGCCGCAGUCUGUGAAUCUGUAAGGCCAACAGGGCCUGAAGAUCUUGCGUCUGAAAAUGAAUGUGACAUGCUCAGAAGCUUCCAGUUAACACAUCAAGAAAUUCAGGACGACACAGAAAAGUCGCAGCAUUUCUCUGACAAAAGCAGGUCUGCUGAGGGAACAAGCCAGACAAAUGCAGUGGCUGCAUCGUUGACUGAUGUGGGGAUGCCUCCUGAAGAUCUGAUGCUCCAAACAUCCCACUGCACCACUGAUGGUGAAGUGAUGGAGGAGAAGAUAGGUUCUGCUGCUGUUAUGCCACAUGGGGAAUUAAAUUUGGAAGACUCCUGCCUCGAACGUCCAGCAGAGCAGAGUGAUAAAAUUGUUGAAGGAUUAAGAAAUGAAGAGGUGCCGUCAGAUUCCAGCCUACAUCUCUUCAGCGGCAUCUGGUCACCUCAAGGUAUAACGAGUCAACAGGAGUCCUCACCAGGUGCUAGACAUCAGCAGCAGCUGGUCCCAAAACACCAGCUGAGAACCUUGAAGUUAGUUGCCAUAAAUCCCUCCCAGCUGGUAAAGCGUCCGGCGGGAGACCAGCCCGUCGUGGUGCUAAACCACCCAGAUGCCGACAUCCCCCAGGUGGCCCGCAUCAUGGAGGUCGUGAACAAGUACAGGGAGGUGCGGAAAGUCCUUCUCUCCCGUCGGACUUUGAGGGCUCUUUCUGCUCUGAGCGGCGAGGCCCCAGAGCCGAGUGAUCCGACCGAGGAUCUGGGGGAGAACUCCUCUGUACAGGAGAGGUUCACCCUGAGGCUGAAAUUCCGUCGGCUGAGCAGAAAAAAGUACGAAAUAGUGGGUGUGGCCUCCCCCAGCCAGGAAGCCGCAUCAAAGUUCUCCUGCUGGUUUUGCGGCAGGAUCUUUACGAGCCAGGCGGAGAUGAUGGUCCACCGGCAGCGGCAUCUGGUGGACUGGAAGAAGCCAAACUGUGAAAAGUCUUAAACGUCACACACACUGGAUGGAAAAACUCAAAUCUGGAAAAAGGAAAAGAAAUGUUGGAAACACUUUUUUUUGGUCUUGUGAUUUCUUUUUACUUUUUUUGUUUUGAUAAAUUGAUGAUGCUUCCUGGAAGGUUCACGUUCUCAGGGUAAAAAGUUACCUUUUGUUUCUCUUCCAGUAUGACUCAAUACAAAGUGUUUCAUUGAUCUGUAAUUAUUUGUUGGGCGUGUACAAUGUAGUUAAUUUUUAUUGUUUGUGUUUUGUUUCCGUCAAUGCUUUAUUUAAGGUGAUUUAGGUACACUGUCACGUGGAAUCUUUUAUUAAAACACUGUAAUCUGUUUAUUUGCCAUGCCAUCUGUUUUCCGGAGCAGAUUAUGUACGGGUAGGCUAUACAGUGUGGUAGCUGUCAUAUUUAUAUUAUUAGAGGCAGAGAGCUGUAGGUUACUCAGAUAUACCAAAUGUGUGUAUAAAAAAAAAAAAGUACAAUAAGCUGUUUUAUUCAACAUUUAUUUAUCCUGCUUAGAUUUAGUCUUAAUGCUUCUUUUAUGCAUUAUUUUUGGACGUCAAAGGAAUCGUUGUAUUUUUUAAUUCUUUUGUAUAAACUCUUCUUGUUCAGAAAAUAUAUUAUUUACUGUGAGAGCUCUAUUUUUCAUGCAUGUAUGAUUUGGAUGUUUAUAUCCCUGAUCACAAGAUUGUUUUAAAUUCUGUUUUUUGAUGUCAAAUUGACAAAAACAAAAGAUCUAGAAGAUUUGAGAUUUCGUUGCUUUGGACUUGAAAUCAUGCUAAUUGUUGAAUUGCACUAUGAAAGGAGUUUUUUUUUUCCCUGUUACCUCACCUUAUUGGGCCUUAGCCUUUGACAAUCUCAAAUCCUGCUGUGGCUCUCUGUUUCACUAAUAUGGCCACUGUCCCUUUAUUUAAAUGGGAAAUGUGUGCUAAGAUCCCUGUUUCCAGAGCAUCAUCGAUGAUUUCAAAAGAAUUUAACUUAAUUAUCCUUGUACAUAGUCCUGCUUUUGGUACUGUAAAAAAUAAUUAACCUGAGAAUACUCACCAAGUGCCUGGCAAUUAUUACUAUGCAAUAAAUCUGCAUGGGUGUGACGGCAUUACUUAUUGAACAAAGAAUGAAACAUUCUUGUAUUCCCUUCCGAAUGAUGAUAUGAGCAGAGUCAAACAGUAUAAAGAAUUUUAUUUAAACAAAAUUUAACUGUUAAAAUAAAAUGUCAACCUCCCUUUUGCUGCGGUAACACUGUCUCAUUCCGUAUUAAUUUCAGUGGAUUGUUUCCUGAGCAUGAAAAAUCCUAAUAAAACAUGAGUUAAAAAGUU